AUGCAUAAACCCCAGUCUGAACCACUGCAGCUCGACGUCGCCGUCAUGCAUAGCUUUGAAGUCCUACGCGGUCGUGUCUCAUACGUCGUUGCGAGGCUAGCCACCGACUCUUGCCUCGCCACUUCACGUUACCAUCUCAGCCCACUCUUUACACGAAGACGCAAAGCACAGCACAUCUAUAAACAACUCCGACCGUCGAUAGCACCUUUAUCAUCGUCGGCUACCUCCGACAGCUUUCCGCGGGAGCUGAGGCACGCACAGCUGUUUAGGUAUGGACCGAUACCUCGACCCGCCUCGGCUGAUGUUGCGUACCGCUUGCGGAGCUCAGCUGGGCCCUCACUUUUGAACGAGUUCUCUGGAUUCCUCCUAUAUACUCUCUACUUUCUACUCAAAGCCUCCAAGCAAGAAUCUCUACUAACAAACUCGCCUAGGUCUAGGUCUACAAUCAGCACCUCGCCUCGACAAGGAGGAGCCCCAAACCACGAAAGACCAAAAAAGCGCAACACCCUUCCGGCUGCUACAGUGCCUUUUAGAGUAGCAGAGUCACCUGCCCCCUUCAAUGGGGUGAGGGAUCAUGGAGGCACAGCACCUCCUCAUCCCAGCUAA